UCGAUCAGAACCGGCCGCAUGCCGGCUGAAGGGUUACUAGAAACGUUUCUUUGCGUGCCUGCCGGGCGUACAAGUGUUUUGUAUUUCAACUGAUCGGAUAUCCAAACGAACGAAGGCGCGUUAUCAAACCUUCCACCACCACCACCACCACCACCACCACCACCACCACCACCAGUGUGUUUGCGUUAUCGGGUGCGUGCCUGUUGUGUCAUCUUAUCAUGUGAAGUUGGUGCAACGAGAAGUGAAGAAGGUGGCCCGUACUGUACUGCUAGCACUGCCAGUGUCGCGAAUAACGCGAUAUACCCAAGACUCCUAGCAGGCGAGCAAAUAAACCGCGUAUCUUCGUAAGAUCGUGUGGCCACAGUGUGUGCGCAUCGGUGUGCGAGUAUUUGAAGAGCCGAAAAGCAAGGCAGUAAGCAGGGUGGCGCCCUUUUUGUAGCCCCCCCUAGUGUUGGGUCGUUGAGUGUUCAAACGCAUUAAGUGAAACACGCGCGCGCGUCAAACGGUACGCGACCAGAAACAACCCCAACGGUGGUGCCACAUCACGUGAUUCAUCAUCGAUCAUCACAUCUCCAUCUUCGAAGCGUUCCAUCCACCAUCACGUCAUUGGGGCCAGUGGUUUGCUUCUGUUUGUUUUUGUCACUACGCUUCGGGCCAUCCGAUACGCCAGUGUUUCAGCGGUGAUCACGAGCACGUUCUGCUUGACUAGUGAACCCAACCAGCGAACCCGGACCGACCGGACGGCCACUCCGGAACGGUAAGAUGACUUCGUCGACGAGGCCACCGGUCAUGCCGACCGUCACGGUGGUGCUACUGCUGAUGGUGCUGCAUCCCGGAACUGGCUUCAAUCUCUCGCCCGAACCGAACUAUGUGUUCCACGAACCGGCCCUCACGAUGUACAUGAAUAAGGUGCGCAGUUCCUACUUUGGCUACGCGAUCAACCUUCGAAAAAGCGGCGUGCUCGUUGGCGCUCCCCAGGCACAAUCCGACGUUCCCGCUCAGCGGAAAGUGAACGAAACGGGUGCCGUGUACCGGUGCCGGUUCACCGAUGGCAGCUGCGAACCGUACUACUUCGAUCGGCUAGGCAACACACACCAGGAACAGUCGGACUUUGCGUACAACUCGGAGAAAAAGGAUCACCAGAUGCUGGGCGCCAGCAUGGACGGGCACGGUGCCGACGGGGAUCGGUUCGUCGUGUGUGCACCGAAGAUGAUCAGCGAGCUGACCGAGUACUAUCUGCUGCACGGCGUCUGCUACGUGGCAGACGGAACCGAGAGCGAUGAACCGAAGGACAUGCGAAAGGUUGCACCACUGCGUGCGAAAAACAAACAGCUGCACAAGGACGCGGUGGGACAGUACUACUACUACAUGUACGGUGAGCAGGGCAUUAGCGUGCACAUAACGGACGAUGGGGAGGAGAUCCUGAUGGGUGCACCAGGAGUGUUCAAUUGGCGUGGCACUGUGGUACGCUUUCGGCGACGCAUCACCGACGAUUCCGGUGGGCUAAGUCGGCGUGACUCUUCGAACGGAAACCCACGGCCAACGAACCGUCACAAGCGCCAAAUCGUGAACUACGUCAGCGAUGUCCCGAAUCCGUACUUCAACCGCAUGCAGGAUGAUUCUUACUUUGGUUUUGCCGUGAGCUCGGGCCGCUUCCUUGGACCGGAUCAGAAGCUACUGUACGUGGCGAGUGCACCCCAGUCGAAUGAUCAAGUUGGCGAGGUGCUCAUAUUUGAUAUCGUGAAUGCAGAUUCGGCGUUCGCCGAGGCACAGAUAAAGGUACACUUCACUAUCCCGGGGCAGCAGCAGGGCGAGUACUUUGGUUAUUCCCUUCUGACCGAGGACUUUAAUGGGGACGGGUUUCCCGAUCUUGCCAUCGGUGCACCGAUGCACAGCCGAACGGGAGAUUAUGAAACAGGCACCGUGUACGUGUACUGGAUCAGUGAGGGGCAGCUAAACUUUCGCCAGCAGAUUGCGCUCACCGUGCCGUACGAGCAGAGUGGCCGCUUUGGCACUAGCCUUGCCAAGCUCGGUGAUAUCAAUAUGGACGGUUACAAUGACAUUGCCAUCGGUGCUCCGUUCGAGGGCGAUGGAGUUGUGUACGUUUUUCUCGGUUCCGACGAUGGUUUACAGUCGAAGCCGAGCCAGCGGCUAACGGCACCGGCCAACGAACUCCGGUGGCCCGGUAAACCCAUGUUUGGCCAUGCCAUCUCCCGUGGAACCGACAUCGAUGGGAACGGUUUUCCGGAUCUGGCGAUCGGUGCACCGAACAGUGAAACGGUUUACGUGUACCGGUCGUACCCCGUGCUGCGCAUCGAAGCCGAUGUGACUUCGUCCAAGCGUGAGCUUUCGAUCGAGGACACCACAUUCGAGCUGACCGUUUGCCUUACCGGUAGCUUCACCGCUGGCCGGUACAAGCCGGUCGAGCUAAGCUACAGUCUAAGUGCCGACGCUCAGAUGGGCCGUGUGACGCUCCUCGGUGGGUCAGGAAGUGCCAAUAGACGCAACGGAACCAUCAGCCUACGGGAGGACUCGGUGGAUCAGUGCCAGCAGAUUGAGGCCCGGUUGAAGGCAACCUCGGCCAGCAUCUAUCGACCGGUCAUUCUCGAGCUCGCGUACGAGCUACUGUCUGCACCGCCGGCGACCGAACUCGCUGGUGCACCGUUCUGUGAGGAUUGUGCCCUGCUCGAUCCGAACGAACCAGUCCGGCUGGUACGGAAGGUUUCUUUCAAAACCGGAUGCCGGAGUGAGGUGUGCGUGUCCGAUCUGCAGCUAUCGGCGCGCUGGCUAGACAUUGACAGUGAGGGAGGGUACAUUCUGGGCAGCACGAAGAAAGCUUCGCUCGAGUACACGGUCUACAAUGCCGGCGAGAACGCAUACUUACCGCAGCUGAAUGUGACACUGGUGCCGUCACGGCUUACCCUAGCCAAGCUGACGUCCGAGUGUCGCCAGACGGUGACGACCGAGGGUGUGAAUGUGCUGUGCGAUCUCAACAACGGGCUACCACUGAAGGCGUCCUACACCGCCAAGUACACGCUGGUGCUGGAUAUGACGAAGCUCGAGGGUGGUACCGUGUCCAUGGCGGAGAUACGCGCCGAGGCACUCAGCACUAGCGAAGAGUCGGUACCGAUGGAUAACUUUUACGAAACGACGCUGCCACUGCGGGAGUUCAGUGAGAUCGAGAUCAUCGCGAAGUCCUCCGUGGCGGAUGUGUCUCUCGAGAAGCAGAAGGGCCUGCUGGACAUAGAGUACGAGCUAAAUCUGCACAACAAUGGUCCGAGUGUGUUCCGGAAUCUCGAGUUCACACUAGACGUUCCGCUCGUAUACCACAAACCAAGCUCCGGUGGCCAAAAGUACAAGAUGAUCGAUAUUAAUGCGAUCGAUGUGAGUGCGUACUAUAGCUACAAGACGCUCGAUUACUCGUGGACCCAGAACGGUGUGGAUCUGCUGCCGAACCCAAUCGAACAUGGCUCGAUCGUUACGCAAUCGCCGACGGUCGAUGUGGAUACUUUGCAUCGGCAAUCGCUCGAUUACGGUAUACUCGCGGCCGAUGUUGGACCCCAAUGGGGUAACGAAAAUGAUGGUGGCCAGGGACACGAUACUAUGGCCGUCCGGCGGCGGCGGCGGCGACGUCGUGACUUAAGCGAUCAACCAAGUGAACCACAACCGGAACAAGCCUCGUUCAAAUUCAAUCGCUACACGAAUCGGCUGGUCGAACAGCAGUCCGGUCAGCAGUCGAGUGCACUAACGAGCGUACUGGAUAAGGUUUUGCUUGAACUGCCAGGUAACAGGACGCUCCUGUUCAGCUGCAUUGACGAUGUUGACUCGUACGCCGAGUGUGCACGGUUGACACUUGCCGUCGAUCUCUUCCGUCCCGGUAAUGUGCCGAUUGCGGUAAAGCUCAGCUUCAAGCUCGAUCUGGACGCGGUCGAGAGUGCCUUCCAUGAGCGCGAAGACAUCUUUGCGCUCCUCAUGAUGGCCAAUGUGCAGCAGAAACAACAGGGUCCGGGGGGAGCAGGGGAGCAACCGCGCUUCAAACUGGCGCGCAACAACCCGUACACCGUCGUAUACCGCUUCUCGGAAGCCAGUACACCCGUCUGGGUGUACAUCGUGUCAGGGAUCGCAGGGCUACUCGUACUCGUCGUCCUGUCGUACGGGCUCUACAAACUUGGGUUCUUCGAGCGGACCAAGAAGGAGGAGAUGGAGAAGCACCAGCGUGAGAGCGUUCGCCUUAAUGCACCAGCACCUUCCUCGAGUAGUGGUGGGCCUGCGGAAGUGGACGAGUGAGCCCGAGCCGCGAUGGUCCUGAUGAUCCUGUGCCUUUUUAACGGCAGAAGCAGCAGCAGCAGCAGGAUGGUAUUAGCAGCGCGUAUUCCUGCAUUUAUCGACACCAAAACAGUGACCCUUUCACAGCGUCAUACGUCUACCACUUAAGUACGGAAUCGUUUAUGCGGGUAGGGAGUGUGGGCAGAUGUUUGUACCGAAGACGCUACCUCAAGUGCUGUGCACGAAUCACUAUGAUUCAGUUUGCGCCUCAUCUGCCCCAAAAACCAAGCAAUGGAACAAAACGAAACCAAAAUGCAGUCGUUGGUUUGCGUAGCCUUAACCAUAUGCUAGUCUAAAAGUAGUGCAUCUGUUUCUAUUGAAAUACUACUCGGUAUUAUACAGUUAGGUCCAUUAUUUGCCAUUCACAUCACCGAGUCUUUUCUCUGGCUCUACGUUGAACACUUUUCACUUGUGGAAAACCAGUUGCUCCGAAGGGACUUGUAAUUAUCAUUUCAUCCAACAUUCAUUCAUUGUGCGAAGACAUCGUGUUUGUCUUCGACUUUAAAGACAAAUCGCUCCUGAUUGCAUUUUGAGACUAAAUGUUAGUGUUAAUAGAGAUUUGUUAGUAACGUUAUUAGAUUCACUGUUCGUUGGUGUUCCAACUUAGUGCUUAUAGAGCUGUGCUAGAAUAAGCUAGGCAAGAGUUCAAUUUUUAUAAGCACAAACCAGGAGAAGAUUACUAGUACUAGUUUUGAAAUGAAAGAAAUGGCUGACUUCCGUGGUCCCGUGAAGCAGCUGCUUUUGUGGGUUUGUUUCUUUUUUAAUUUUAUUCACGUUUGAAAUGUCUGUAAAUUUCCAUGUUUAUCAGAGAAAUAGAUUCACGCAGGCCCCCUUAAAAGGGUAAUUAAUUGCGAACACAUA